AUGAUCUCACCGCGUUCGCGGCAACGUUCCGACCGCUGCGGUGAGUGUGCUCUUUUUCAAACAUGGGGAGGUUAUCCGUUUGAGGCAGUACUAUGUGGGACCUCGGUGACCGCGCCGCCGUGGUGUUGAUAAGUGUGACGUGCGGGUGCGUGCUGGUCUACAACGCCUGGGGCGCUAUCCUGGCAUUGGCGUUCACGCUGCUGCUGGUGGUGUACGCGUGCUACUCCCUGCUCGCCAACGACAGCCUGGUCUCGCCGCACGCGUACUACAUUCUCGGCUACCUGCGGGAGGCGGUCCACGAGCUCGGCGCGGCGCUCCGCGCUGCCCACGGCCACGGUACCGGUUACGCGCGUAAGCUCUGGCACAGUGCGAGCCGUUGUUACCGCGAGCGUUUUCCUCCGUUCAGGAUGGACAGACGACGCGUGAGCAAUUAUCAGCUCAGCAGCGACUCGUACGCCGCCACUCCUACCGGACGCGGCGGAGAGUCGUCGUCAUCCUCACCGUCUUCGUCAUCCAGGUUUGGCUUGAUUGACCAAUUGAGCCCGAUCCCGUGUGUCCCUUAUCGUCCGCGCGUCAACGACGUGCUCGCGGCGAACGAUAGGUUGUACCGUGCCGGCGACUACGAUCGCUCAUCGCAGCAACAACUCGCUGCUUACGGCAAGCACACUUCCACGCCGGUGUUAAAAUCCAGAGGCAAGGAGGAGAAUGCCAGAAAUGGCGACCUGGUUUCGCAGUCGCGAGAGGUAUCUUCGAAGAAGAACCUAGCUAUGUACGCUCAGAAUCAUACGUUGAGCCGUGGAGAGAAUGUCACGCAGUUUACUCCAGAAGGCUCGCCGUGGGGCACGAGUAUCAGUCCUAAGAUGCGUCCUAGACCAGCAGGCGUCAAGACAGUUCAGACUGUCGCUGGACCAUUAUUAGCGUCAACGAGAUAUAACAUUGAUCCAAAGGUAUACACUGAUGUAUCGUCGCCAGGUCUUACAACAAGGCUGACUAAGUAUGCUACGGAAGCAAAGAGUAAAUUGACUCAUCAAUCACAAUACGGCACUGGACAAUUUCCAAAAGUUAAUUUCCAUGCGAGUUCAAUUCCCAUGUUGAACAUGAAGAUGACAAAAAUGAGAAUGCCUGUGACAGUUAGAGUGGCGCCACCAGAUGUAACAAAAUACUCUCCACCUGAGAGGCAAAAGAUUUUAUCUAAUAUUUGUCACACAGAGAACAGAUCACCCGCGAGUGUUGUCCAAGUUUUACGAGAAAUAUCGUUAAAACGGCACGCAUCGACGGAGGAUGUUAGUUUUGAUGUCGCUAAAAAGCAAAGAACAGAAGGCUUCUUUAAUGAGGAAAGAGAAACGAUUUUAGAAGAAAACAAGCAAAAACGAAGCAGAGAUGAGUCAUCCAAAUCAGACGAAGAUCUUUCUCCUCAAAGUAAAUCCAUCAGACCUGCGAAACGUACAAAAACACGAUCCUGUUAUGAUAUCUUGAACUCUCUGAGUUCUAGCAAACAUGUUGUUACUGGAAUUAAAAGAAAAGCAGUCGAUUUCUCGCGCAGUGGAACACCCGAUUACGAAAAACAUUUUAAGUCUCUAGAAAAUGUAUUAUCUAGUAAUUCUCCUAUUAUGCCACAGUCACAGAAAUUAGAUACAAAUAAUGAUAAAUCUGUUUUUAAAGAAACAUAUUCACAAAAUUCUGAAACAGUUAAUUCUAAAAGAGCAGAGGAAUUUCCUUUGGUUAAGGGAAUACUGAAAUCAUCUAAAGAAUUAAGGCUCAAUGCGCAUAAAGUGGAACCUGUAAUUGAUAAAAAUUCAAAAGAUACGAGUGAAAUUAAUAAUAUCAAAUCUGUUGCGCCGGCAAAACCUGUUAAAUUGACGGAUAAACUGUUUAUGAGAGCUGAGCCCGAGCGCAAUGAACAAUUAAAGUCACUCGUGGAAGAACCGGGUAAUAUAAAGAUUAAAUUUGCAACAGAUAACGUAGAAGAAAUAAAGAAAGAGGAUAUACGAAAUAUGAGGCAAACCAGUAUGAAAGCUAGACUUCAAAGUAUGUUUGAUGCAAUAUCAGGGAAAGCGGAGAACAAAAUCAAUCCGGAUGUUGUGAUUCAAGCAGAUGAUGUUAACACGGUUACAUCGCCGGUUACACCGGUCAGUUGUGCGACUCUCAAUUCUUCGACAACUACGACAACAAUCAAUACCACACCAUUGUCUACUGCGGCUAUCGUACCGAGCGGUUUCUCUUCAUCGAGACCUGAUAUGAAAGUUGAAGCGAAAUCGAACACAGUUUUGAGUAGUCUGAAACACACGUCGCCAGUACAGUUGAACGUGCCAGUAACUACUCCUGAAACGAAAGAAAUGAACUCAACCGCCAAGACAGUUGGAGCUACCGAGCAAACGAAAAUUGCACCUGUAAUUACAAGCGCGCAGUCCUUAGAAAAAAUUGUAUCUUCGACUCCAAGUGUUACAACACCGACCUUUACUUUCGGCAAAUCGACCACAACAUCGGCAGCAACUACAACAUCGAACAAUACAUUGCCAAACUUUGGCACUAACACGUAUACUAGCAGUAGCUUAACGCCAACUUCAUCAAAAUCUACUACUAAUUUUUUGAUUGUCGAUAAAGCACCCUCAAGUUCAGCGUUCGUAUCUAUUAGUCCUAAUACUACGAUUCAACAAAAAAUCGCAAUAAAUAACGCAGUUACCACAAGUGCACCCGUUACUUCGUUCACCGCCGGGAAUACUCAGAUUACUUCUAUCUUUACUUUCGGUAAUAACAAACCUUCCUUAUCUCCCGCGACGUCUACUAAAGCUGCCGCACCAAGUUUGCCGAUCCAAUCGACUGGAACCUUAUUGCCAGUCAAUACAACUACCGUCAAUACAACUAGCAUCACUGGUUUUAAUGGUGUUGCAAACAAUACGUCGAAUAGCGUCGCGACAACGUCCGCGAUCCCUCCUUUAUUCAAUUUUGGAAGUAACAACACUACUUUGCAACCUUCGAAAUCGAAUAACUUUGCGUUCGUUCAGCCCAGUAGCAACGCUCAAUUGAACGCUUUUGGAAGCUCUUCGAACGAUCAACUGACAUCAUUGUCACAAGUUACGACUAAAUCUUUUAAUUUCACGUCCAACGUGUCAAUGACAACUGCGACAAAUAGCUCGUUUACUGCAAACACCACUACAGCACCGACUACUACAGCACCGACAUUCGGACUAUCGAGCCCGUCCACAUUCUCGUUAGGCACUGCAUCCACCACUUCCUCGAUGUCUGCUUUAUCUACCAGCAAACCUCUAUUUGUUUUUGGCGCUUCCAAUACUUCAAGCACGACGUCUACAGCUACAGUUCUACCAAUUGUAACUGCUAACAACACGACCAGCUUGAGUACGAUGAGCAACAAUGCAAUUCCUACAUUUGGGACGUCCACUACUACCACCAUUCCGCAAUUUGGCGUAUCAACGUCUACUAUUCCGCAGUUUGGCGCACCUACAACCGUCCCGCAAUUCGGCACACCCACUACAUCCAUUUUUGCCACUACGUCGAUCACAACGGCGAGUACAAACAUUUUUGGUGCGACAAACAAUAGUCAGCCACUUUUCGGAACUGCAUCAAGAUCCGGAACGGCGUCAGGAACCGCUAGUAUUUUUAAUACUCCGACAACCACAACACCUUCUGUCUUCGUUCCGACCACUAACGUCGUCUCGUCAUCGAGCAAUACGCCUAGCUCCAGUUUAUUCUCCAACGCUAAUGUUAAUUCAACUCCGACCACCGCAGCGCCUUCCGUGUUCGGUAGCGGCACGCCGAUUUUCGGUCAGACGAAGCCUUCGACGUCCUUUGGUACGACAGGUAGCAUGUUCGGUACCACGACGAUACCAUUGUUUGGUUCGACUACGCAAACUGGUACGACCACACCUGCAUUUGGCAUCACCAGCAAUGUCUCUACCAGCACAGUCACUCCUGGCUUCGACACUACGAACAACACGACGCCCGCAUUCGGAACACCUAAUGUGACAGCUACGAAUGUGCAAACAGCAUCUGCUUUUGGCAGUACGACUGGGAUGUUUGGUCCGAUUGAGAAUAAUACACCGUCGGUUCCCAUAUUCGGAGCGAAUGCUACUUCGGCUACUGAGGCUUUCGGCAUCUCCUCGGCGACGAGUACUUUUGGCACGCAAAAUCCUCCGAGCCUCACAUUCGGCGGUGCAAACAGCGGUACCACGUUCGGUGAUAACAAAUCUUUAUUCGGCACAACACCUGCAACCACCACGAGCUUCGGCACAUCUAACUCGUCCGUUCCGGCCUUUGGAGCAAAUAAUACUAAUAAUGCAAGCAGUAGCACGAAUAAUAUGUUUGUCUUUGGAAGCACUCAGAAAGAUGGGCAACAGAACGCAACGUUUUCCUUUGGACCCAACUUCAACGCUGGAGGCAAUAAUUCUACGGCCGCACCAGCCGCCCCGUACCAGUUUGGAUCUGCAUCUUCUCAGCCAGGUUUCAACUUCACUGCACCGUUGGUUACUCCUACUCUCAAUUUUGGAACCACGACCACGCCGACCUUCAAUCCCUCGACGCCCGGCAUGUUUAGCAUCGGAAGCGGAUCUACUGCACCGCGAUCUAGAACAACUCGCACACGGAAACCAAGAUGAUGGAGAAUGUAAAUGCAGUUUGUUUGAAUGCAUACUUUCGUUGAAAUAUGUAUUCGAGGUGUUUAUUCAAUUAUAUUCUUUUAUAUAUAUAUAUGUAAUUUUUCGUGUGUAAAAGACAUACAUUCGAUAUGCGUAUGCCGCAUUCGAUAUUUAAUUUAAUAAAUAAAUCACUUGACAGAGAUCGCACAUGUUGUGCAGAGAUAAUAUUGUGAGAUAUUAAGUGACUUGUGGCUACGUUUUUUUAAAUUGUGUUUGGUGACGGUUGCUAAGUACAUCUACUUUGUAUAUAUAUAUAAAUAUAUAUAGAUAGAUAUAUAUGUUAUGUAUAAGAUAUUUUAUCUUAUUUGACAAUCUACAAUGUCGUUGUUACUUUCGGUAGUAUGGAAAAA